UGCAUCGUGGCUGAAGAAACAUGAGAGCAAAAAUGGACAACAUUUAGUUUACACAACAUCAUUUUGUAAGACGACUCAUCUUGUAGAUGCAAACUUAUUAGUUUCGCUAAUUCUAAUGUGUCUUCGUGUUCUAGGGAUAAAAAAGGGAGUAUGAAGAUCAGAAACGCUGUACUAGGUUUAAAAAGAAAAGCAGUACGUUGCUUUUCUCACACUACUUCUCACGUACGAUGAAACUGUUUUCAUUGUCAGCAUUUUUCUUGUUUCUGAACAUUUUUGGAUUUGUAACUGCUGCAAAUGAGGGCCGUCUUUCUUACGAUGAUCUUCUUGGAGCAUUCAUAAGCGGAAAACUUGAUGGUCCCAGUGGUGGAUCUGGUUUUAUUGAAGUUAGUCCUGUUAAGCAUCAAGAUGCGGCGAGAAGAGAUUCUUAUUUUAAAGGCAUAAGCAUGAUCACUACUGAUAAUUAUGAAAAACUGAACACAGUUUCUCAGAUGUUUGACGUUGCCAAAAAACAUAGAGCAAUCGGUGAUAUGUUAUAUUUAUACAACAUAAUAAAUCAGGAUGGUAAUACAUACCUGCUAAAGCUAGAUCAAACUUCUAUGUUAGCGUCUGAGGUAUGCAAUUACCUAACUACGAAAAACUUGCAUGGCACCGCUGAGCUCUUCAAAAUGACCACCAAUCCAGACCUGGAAGACUAUUACAAGAAUUUUGACAACUCUCUUUGUGUUCAGAAACAGAAACACUAGUCAAUAACGUGCUAGUGAACAAAACUUCUUCAUUUGUUCAGUUGGUUUUAAGUUCAGAUAAGUUAAUAAUUAAGAAAGAUGGAGUUGAAGUGGUGUCCAACAGUCGAAAGAAAGAUUCUAAUGUUGCUGAAAAGACAGCAAAUGGAACCUCUGCAUUUCCUUUUUUUUUUUUUUUUUUUUUUUUUUUUUGCCACUAUGCAUCAUAAAUGAUAAGACAGACAAAGUUGCACAUAUUAAAGAUCGAUAGGGGCCAGAAGGAAUUAAA